AUGACCAACUUGAUCCACCUGGCUCUUGCGGUCCUCGCCGAUCUUGGAUUUGACAAGCCUGCUCAUGUGAAUGACCGGCGAACAGUCAUCUUCGAUGGCUCAAGGUCCAGCUACGGAUUUGCCGAAGAGACUAACCUCAUGGAUAACGAAGACCGGCGGGCUUUGCUGGGCUGUUUCUACGUGACUUCUGUGGCUUCUGCUGUUUUUCGUCGCGUCGAUGCAAUUCCAUAUACGCGACAUUUGAAUCAAGCCCUGCAGACGUUAAUAGAACGAAAGGAACAGCCGAUAGACAGGUUGCUCGUUCAGCAUGUCCGGCUGCAAAAUCUCGUCGAGCAGAUUGCACAGGUAGCACCAUUCGACGACCCUCAAGGACCUCACAGUUCCUGGGCGCCGAUCACAAUGCAUAUUCGUUACCUGGAUCAGCAAUUGACAGACCUCACCCAAUCGGCCGUCGGGCUACAAGAAAACCACUUAUGGCUCAUUCACGUCUAUGCGGCCCGUAUAUUUCUGUAUGAGGCUGGGCUGUACGAUUCGCUAUGGCAGUGGCAAAAUGCAAACAGUGGCGCUCGGCAACAGCGGCUUGAUACUAUGUGGAAAUGUCUAUCCGCGACCAAGUCCCUGUUCAACACCUUCCUUUCCAUGCCCGCGCAUGUGAUCUUCACCGCUUCAUACGCAACCUGGGGACUCUUGGCCUACGCACUGCUGAUUGCGUCUCGCCUCUGCUUAUCCAAGGUUGAGGGCUGGGAUGUAGAUCUUGUCCGGAGGGAAUUCGACUUCUCCCAGAUCCUCGAGUUGGUUAUCCAAAAGAUGGAAGAAGGGAAUGCCUUUGCUCGUACGCACUGGUCGAAGGAUGCGGGAUCUGACGAGAUGAUCGACCGUGUGAAGAUAAAAACUAGGCGGGUACAGACUUGGUUCAAUGGGUACCUUCCUCGGCUUUCUGCCCAGAAUGAUCUGCCUCUGGAGAUGGGGCCGGAUUACAAUUUUCUCUUGGGGAUUGACGAUAUGUUCUGGGAAGAGUUGAUAACAGGGUUACAGCCAGGGGGCGUGUAG